AUGAACCGAGUCGAGUUUACAAAUUUAAAGUGCAGGACCACGGAUAAGGAGUUUGCGGAUGUUGAAUAUUGCGUGUUAAAGGCCGUUAAUCGAUCCUACAAAUAUGCCUCAGUAAAAAUAAAUCUAUUUAAAGUACCAAUCACUCGAGUCAAGAUCACAAGCCGAGUCGAGUUUACAAACUUUAAGUGCACAACCACGGAUAAGGAGUUCGCGGAUGUUGAAUAUUGCGUUUUAAAGGCCGUUAAUCGAUCCUACAAAUAUGCCUCAGUAAAAAUAAAUCUAUUUAAAGUACCAAUCACCCGAAUAAAGUUCAACUUGGGGCUCUAUAAGCGCAUGAAUGGCUAUAGACCCUUCCUAUAUAACGUAUCCGUAGAUGGAUGUAAAUUUUUGAAGAACCGAAAAGCCAGUCCUAUCACAAAUUACUUUUUUGAGUUCAUAAGAGAAAAUUCGAAUAUGAAUCACUCCUGCCCAUAUGAUCACGACAUUAUUGUUGACAAGCUAACCACGGAGAAAGCCAAUCACCGAUUAACCAAAGUACUGGCAUUUCCGGAAGGGGACUACAUGAUCGAAAUGCACUGGAUGGCCCAAGAUGUUACUCGAGUAGUGACUAAUAUUUAUUUUUCACUGUCAUGA